GAAGAUGGCUGCUCUGGCGAGAUGCAUGAGGUGUGCUGUGAAACCAUCGUUGCCGGUCGUCCAGACUUGGGACCUCAGAGCGCGGCGCUGGGUCCGGGCGCUGCGGAGGAGCCCCGUGAAAGUAAUAUUCCCAUCUGGAGAGGUGGUGGAAAGGAAGCGCGCUCCCGAGAAAAAUGUAAUGACAAUCGUUAAGUCCAGGUCAUUUCGAGAAAAGCAAGGGAAGAUUCUUUUGGAAGGUCGGAGGCUGAUUGCAGACGCUCUCCAGGCAGGAGCUGUACCAAAAGUAUUUUUCUUUAGCCGUCUGGAAUACAUUAAGGAGUUGCCCGCAGAUAAGUUGAAAGGAGUCAGCCUCAUAAAGGUGAAAUUUGAGGAUAUCAAGGAUUGGUCGGACCUAGUAGCACCACAAGGAAUAAUGGGGAUUUUUGCCAAACCUGACUAUAUUAGGAUGACGUAUCCAAAGAGUCAGCUUCACCAUACACUGCCUUUAUUGUUGAUUUGUGACAAUCUCCGUGACCCUGGGAAUCUAGGGACAAUUCUGAGAUCUGCAGCUGGGGCAGGAUGCAGCAAAGUGUUACUCACCAAAGGCUGUGUGGAUGCCUGGGAGCCCAAAGUCCUACGGGCAGGCAUGGGGGCACAUUUCCAGGUGCCCAUUAUCAACAAUCUGGAAUGGGAAUCAGUGCCCAACUAUCUGCCCCCCGAAACCCGCGUCUACGUGGCAGACAACUGUGGUCUUUAUGCCCAAGCUCAGAUGUCUAACAAAGCCAGUGACCAUGGCUGGGUGUGUGAUCGACGAUUCCUAAAGUUUCACAAGUAUGAGGAGGAGGAGGAGGAAGAGGAAGGCAAGGAUCUAGAGAGCAGGGCCAAUAAAGGUUGGUUCCCUGAACUUGAUGUCCAGAGUUACGACUUGGACUGGAUGGAGUCACCAGCAGCUGUGGUGGUAGGUGGGGAGACCCACGGCGUGAGCCUGGAGUCCCUGCAGUUGGCAGAGAGCACUGGGGGCAAGAGGCUGCUAAUCCCCGUCGUGCCUGGAGUGGACAGCCUGAACUCAGCCAUGGCUGCGAGCAUCCUGCUUUUUGAAGGGAAAAGACAGCUGCGGGUAAGAGGGGAGCACAUGAGCAGGGACAGGAGUUAUCAUUGAGAGGAUGCCGCUAGCCCCCAGCCUGGCUCAGUGUUAGGAGACUGACAAAGUUGGCAACUGGCUUCCAGGCCACAUGCAGGAGGCAGGACGUAGACACUAGUGCCAUAUAUGGUUAUUGGAAUGAUAAGAAUUUCUAUAAAGUCUCUGCUUUUCAUCGAAAAUAACAAAGGCCAAAAUUCUUGGGAGAAAUCCUAUCUCUCCCAUCUAUUGAGGUUGUAGAUGGUUCACAUGACUAAAAAUUCUCCAGAGUGCUUGGCUAGCAUGCACAGAGCUCUAGGUUCUAGUUCCAUACCUCAACAACAACAACAACAAAAAAAGUUACUAAGGAGCAUCCUUCUGUCCAGAAGUUUCCCAAGACAGUAUCCUGGUCAGAGCAGACUUCCCUCCACCAGCAGGGGUUGUUUAGUGGCCAUGAAGUACUGGUCAUAAGCCAUGGCUGAGUCACUUGAAUCUGAUUAGUCACUGGAAGAUAAGCCAUGAUGUAUAGAGCCACAGGUUACAUUGAAAGGGUUCAUUUGCAUGUGGUCAGUGUGUGUCUUUUUGCAUCGUUGUCCUAGUGAUGAUACCAAUAAGAAAUUAAUGACCCAGGAAGCUAAGGGGUACAGGUCAUGGCGUUCGCCACCUGGCUGUUCUGGGCUGGAUAUGUCAGCCUCUGGGGUUCAGCCCUUCACUACAGCAGCUACUACCUGUAUUUCCCUCUUUGGCAAUCAGUAGAAAAUGUUAUUUCGUCAAGUGGUGUCAUGUGUUCUUAUCAUCUCUCUAAAUAACUUUUUGAGAAUUGUGCAAAAAAAAGAAACUGAGUUUUAAAAUCUAUAGCUUAACAUUAUCUGUCAGGAGAGCCCAACUCUUACUAGCUCCCUUCUGUGAGUAGUUCUUGUUAUGGUUUAGAUCUAACUUGUCCCAUGAAGUCUCGUACUCUGGGGGGACUUGUGGAAGGUAUUUGGGGUCAAGAGGGUGAUGCACUUACCAAGGGAUCAGUCCAUUGAUGAGUCCAUGGCUGAGUGUGCCGGUCAGAGGUGGGGUCUCUGGAGAACUCACGGGGGAGGCAAGCUGGGAAAGUGGAUCGUCUCCAGCUCUUCUUUCCCUCCUUUCCCAGUUGCUGUGUGAAUAGCUUUCAUCUACAAUGCAGCAAGCCACCCAUAGUUUGAAUCUACUGAAACCAUGAGCCCAAAUCUAUAUUCCUUUCAGUUCCAGGUUUUGAGAGGUUUUUUGUUGUUGUUGUUAUUUUUUAAUGUAUUUGGUACAGGGCCUCACUAUGCAGCUCGGACUCCU